AGCAUUAACGGUAUUAUCAUGACAGUGAGCAGCCUAUAUAUUGAGAUCUGAUAUUGCAAUACGCUCAUCAAAACGAUACACAUCUACAGUACACAGCUCGGGGCAGCCAUAAGCCCAGAAGAAAGUAAUAAUUUCAAUCCAAUCUUCAAGUGUGCUAUACAUUUACCAGAAUGUCCGGACCAUCCCAGCCCGUAUGUUCUUCCAACAUGCCAAACCGAGUAAUAUUGUGGACUACCUACAGAUGUGUAUCCACAGCGUUUACACGCUCGAUGGGACAGAUUACUGGGGUCGAGAUAUGGCCCGAGCCAUUCGGAUAUGCCAAUAUCGCAAAGAUCAACUAUGAGUUGAACGAGGGCAUCGAUCUGCCGACAUCGUAUGAGGGAAAUGAGGCCGCCUUUGAUAAGGCAGCUCAUUAUAUUGGGAAAUUGGUAGCGCGAAAGAUCCAACCAGAAGCGUUGUCAUAUGAGAGUAUAAGAAUGGUGCUGGAGACUUGCACUGCAGAGAACGUAUUCGUGAAAGACAUUGGUCUAGCGAUGCAAUCAAGGGAUCUGAGAGAAUUUAUUCCAAAAGGUUAUCGGCACUCUUUUCUGAUCCGCCAUCCACUCUUGGUGUACUCAUCUCUGCAUAAAGCCAACUACAACCAACUGAGAAACGUUAGUCUACUUCAUGCAGACGAAACCAACGAGGAUGAGUUCGAUCUACGAAGACACAAGGAGCUGCUGGGAGACCCCUCCCAAUUCUUCAGCAGUCUACACGACGUCUGGUUGUACAUCAAAGAAAACAUCGAUCCUGCACCACCUAUCAUUGAUGCUUCGGAGUUACUGGAGAACCCUGACGUGAUGAUGCCUAAGUACUGCAAGGCUGUGGGACUCCCGUAUACAACACAAAUGCUGAAAUGGGAACCAUCUCUAGGUGUAAUUCAAUCCUGGAAGUGGCCUUUUGAAAUCAGUCAGGACACGAGUUACCUAACAAAUGUGAUCUCAAGCACGGGAUUCUCUAAACCUCAAGACCUUCCGUCGCUUGAUACAGUAACCUCUGAUGUCGUUCAGUUGGCCAACGAAGCAUUGCCGUUCUAUGAAAAAAUGUACAACAACCGUCUACUUUAAGAGAAACCCCAUUUGAUUUGAGCAUCUAUACCCAAGGCACAAAAACCUCUCUUUAAACACUAGUUGUGGAACUUCUCGAAUGCAAUUAAGGCAUAGUGAGAUGUCCAAAAGUGUACCAAAUGGCACGGAUCGGCAUGAAAUGAAUAAAUCGCUUUGAAACUUCAUUGAUGCUACAUGUAGCUUCGUGAUAUUUAGGAAGCAUAGUUAGGAGACCAUUCCAUGAAGAUAUUUUCUUAGUUACUUUGACCAGUAGAGUAAUGAGCUCCAAAAUGAGGGUACCCUAUGACGUAUGGUAAAAUAUUUCUGAAAAGCUGCGAGCGAGCAAAAAUGUUGACCCUUUCAAUUAAAGUCAAAUUUUGUGAUAGAUUUUGGCGUGAUAUUGAUAAAAUGAUGUAAUAUUUUACUUUCCUUUGCAUAAAAGAAAAACUCUGGCAAAUCUUAUUGUCAGAGUUUUUUAUGGUAAAAGUUUUAUGCAACAGGUCUCUGAUUGGCAAAGGGCAAAUCAGUCUGUAAAAAUCACUAACAAAACGUCAUCCCCGGAAGGCAGUUUCAUUGUCGAUUGUCCAUUUCAUGUAUAGGCCUACCUUGUGUGUGUCGCGGGAUUAUACAUGUAUAGGUAAAUAAUCAGUAUGGUUGUCAUACAACUGUUUUCCUUCAAGUUGAACCAUCUCAAAUUUUCAUUUGAAUUGCACCCCAUUUACCUUUAUCUCCAAGGUAGGUGAAAGGCCUAUAUACAAAAUAUAUUAUGACAGUGGCAGUAGUGACGGAUCCAGGGGGGGGGGCAUCCGGCCAGUGCCCCCUCCCCUCCCUUUGAGAGCCAUAAUAAAACUUUAUAAUGUAAAUAUGCCGUGGGUUUUUUUUUUGCUUGUCAAAUUUUCAUUGGGAAAAUGUUCCCCCAUUUGAAAAAAAUCCUGAAUCCGCCCCUGAGUGGUGGAACCAGGGGCGGAUCAUUCCAUAAAACAUAUUAUGAUAUCGUUUUAAAGUUUAUGAAAUCAUUCGAUUCGAUUGGCUGAUAGUAAACUUGCUAUAGCAUUUUA